UUCACCCACUGUGCGAGCUGGGCUUCUAUUUAAUGGGGGGUCUCUCUGCUCUCAAGGAGUUAGAGGCAACUCUAGGACCAUCAGGGGCAUGGCAGAGGAUCUAGGGCCGGGCUUUGGGGAAACAGCCAGCGUCGAAAUGCUGCCCGAGGACGGAGGCUGCAGGCCCAAGGCCAGAGCUGGGCUAGCAUCCAGGAGCAACAGUGCACGCUGCGCUCUGACCUGCUGCCUCGUGUUGCUCCCUAUCCUGGCAGGACUCACCGCCUACCUGCUCCUUGGCCAGCUCCGGGCCCAAGGAGAGGCCUGUGUGUUUCAGACUCCAAAAGGACAGGAGCUUGGACCUUCACAUCAGCGAUCUUACGCACCUCCUGGAGCCGGUGGGGAUAAGCCAAGGGCACACCUGACAGUUGUGAGACAAACUCCCACGCAGUCCUUGAAAAAUCAGUUCCCAGCUCUGCAUUGGGAACAUGAACUUGGCUUGGCCUUCACCAAGAACCGGAUGAACUACACCAACAAAUUUCUGGUGAUCCCAGAGUCGGGAGACUACUUUGUUUACUCCCAGGUCACAUUCCGAGGGACCACAUCCGAGUGUGGUGAAAUCAGCCAAGGGAGCCGACUAAGCAAGCCAGACUCAAUCAUCGUGGUCAUCACCAAGGUAACGGACAGCUACCCUGAGCCAACCCAGCUCCUAAUGGGGACCAAGUCAGUGUGUGAAAUAGGCAGCAACUGGUUCCAACCUAUCUACCUAGGGGCCAUGUUCUUCCUGAAUGAAGGGGACAAGCUGAUGGUGAACGUCAGUGACAUCUCUUUGGUGGAUUACACAAAAGAAGAUAAAACCUUCUUCGGAGCCUUCUUGCUAUAGUGGCAAGGCAGAUGUCAUUGUGUGAAGGUCCUCUGCCUCUUAGCUCCUAAUUUUCCUCAUUCAUAUGUAAUUAUAACUAGAAGGUUUUUUUGGAACAUCCAUAGAGACAGUGGUUAAGCCAUGAAACUUAGGGGCCCAAAGUUCACACUUUAUGUGCCUUACUGAUGAGAAUACUAACUGGAAAAAGGCAUAAGAGAACAGACCUAUUAUCAUGGUUUCUUGGAAGAGUGGUGAGUUUCUAAACAUUAAAACACUGAUCACCAGAUGAAUGGAACAUUUCCACGCCUUCCUACUACACAUUUGUCACCAGAGGGCCCAGAUACUGUUCAAUUUUAUUAUGAAGCAUUUGCUUCGGUUCAGGAACCUUGAAAACAAAACCUAAUGCCCUAGAAAACAGUGUAAACCCUUGAGAGGCAAAAUCCUACGUCAGUUCCUCUAAACACAUACUUUAAUGCCUUGCCU